UUCUUUUACCGUAAAAAUUUAAAACGUAGAAUUUCCCAUAGCGGUUUUUGGUUUGCCAAAUUCCCAACCUUAUUGGUACUUUUUAAGACACGGACGCCAGGGGCCACCCACUACCCGGGGGAAUGCUAGCCCCGGCUUUUGACCCAGUGGCCCCCUCAGGAGGUCCUGUAAUGCGCAGGGCGGAGGGUUGUAAGCUAGUAGACGACGACUAGCCGUGGGGAGUUUACAGUGUCUCGGCCAGAGAGAAACAAAAACCCCAAAAAGGAAAUGAUUUUCUGGGGAAGAUGGCCCGGGGAAACGCCGAGAGGAGGCUCCGGGAGAGCGCCAUGAACAGCGGCCGAUCCAGGGUGCAGAUAAGCACCACCGGUGGUGUGUUUGAGCGACGGAUGGAUGUGGCUCUGUGGUCUGGUAGAGCUGCUGCAGAGGAUGCAAGCAGCGAGCCCAUUCAUUUUGACAGUGUCCAGAGUAAGUCUCCAGACGUGGAGCUGGUGGAGCCAGAGCCAGUGCUGGUAAAGCAGGAGAGGGUUGAGCCAAACAUGUCAAGAGUUGAAGAAAGAGAGGAAAACGUGCCGCUUAUCAGAGAUGAUGGAGUAUUGGAGUGUGUCCCUUGCGGACCUGUGAGACCCAGCCUUGAACAGCAGGACAACAAGUCCACUUCCUGUCAGACCUGGUCCCAGAUCCAGAGCAGCAGGACAAGGCAUGCCGGCAGCAGCAGAGGAGUGGAGAAGGAGGAGGAGCCCGAUGUGGUGCUGGUGAAGGUAGAGGAGGUGGAGUCGGUGACGGGCACUCAGAACCAGACAGGCCUCAGCAUACAAGAGGGGUUGGUGGAGUCGAGCACCGAUGACUGUAGAGCAGUUCUGCCAUUUGAUGAAAUCCCAGAAACCUCCAACAAUUGUUUGUCUGACCUGCAGGAGUCUGGGCGGGGCUUCUCAGAGUCUGCGGCACCUCAGCCAACACCUGUGAUAUCGCAAGAGCCUAGCAGUAUGGGGGCAGUCCAGCUGAGGGUACCAGACACCAACACACCCGCCAACCCAAAAACACAUCAGCAGCAGAGAUCCAACAACAACAAUCCUCUAAGCUCUGAAUAUUCUCUGUUUGAACUCGAGACAUUCUUCACCCGCUGGGCCCCUGAUAGGGACUCGGCUGGCAGUGGCCCUUCAUGUCCUUUUACCACUGAUAACCCAGCACAGAGUGACCAAGAUGAGGUUAUUAUUGAAGGGCAGAGUUUCUCCUCAGUUCAGAUGCAGCCAUCUGUGUCACAAGGCCUGUCAGCAGAGCCUUCUGUGUCCGUACCUCUGAGGAUGCAGGCUCCAUCCUCCCAGCCUUCAUGGAGCAGAAAACCAGUCAUGAUCAGAAGUUCACAGGCUCAGCUGCUGCAGCAGCAUCCUGAUAGUAACAGGAUCUCUCAGCAACAACACGUCAUUCCCUCUGCACAGUCAGCACGGUCCUCCACCACAGCUGCUGUCAUUCACACUCACAGUGGGGAUAAAACAACUACCUCUGGUAUCAGCUCAAACAUUAGGACUAUGAGCUCUGUCGGGGGAUCCACAGCCGGGUUGGCCAGCAUUGAGGUGGCAAUUGCUGUGCAGCAUCGAGCCAACCUCUUAGCUCGCCAUAAUAAAAGCCAGGCUGCCAGCAUGGUGCCCAGCGAGUGCAGCAGAAAGAGAUACAUAUGCCGAGCCUGUGGUAAAGCUUUCUCUGGUCUGUCCAAUCUGGAGGCCCACGAAAGAGUCCACACGGGGGAGAAACCUUUCCGCUGUGACACCUGCGGGAAACGCUUCUCAGAGGCCGGAAACCUGAAGAAGCAUCAGAGAGUUCACACCGGGGAGAAACCUUUCAGCUGUGAAAAGUGUGGGAAAAGGUUCGCCUGGAUCUGCAACCUGAGGACGCACCAGCAAUCUGCCACAGGCUGCGGACCACAGGCUAGUGGGGGGCUAGGACUGGGCUGUUAAUGCCAGUUGUGUUUUUUUUUACACAUGGGGUUGAUGCAUAGACGGUGUAAGGUUCAAACCAGAAGAAAAUAUCAGGCAAUUCCCUGCAGGGUUGUGCAGCAACGGGAGUGUCACUCAAAUGGCAUUUGUGUGAUGUCCCAUUGUGUUUUUUAAUUCCCCGUUGUCGCACACAUAGAUUUUUUAUUUAACUGUCAUGGUUUUCCGUCAGAUUUUUUAUAGGUGUCAACAUUUCCUACCACACUUGAAGGAAGUUUCAAUUUACAGAGAAAGAGGAAAAGAAAAGAGACGGAGGGACUGUGUUUUUUGCUGGAGCUUGUUGCAGAAAGCAGUCAGCUGUAACACAUCUCUGGUCAGUUCAGUGCUUGUGACAGCUGACCGUCUUCUGCAACAACUAAGCAUAGUCGCUUUGUCUCUUUACUUUCUCUCUGUCUCAGAGAAAUUAAGCUGCUUUUUUUUGUGCUACAUUGGGGGGUUAAAGAACACAAAAGAAUGUCACACAAAAACAAUUUAAGUGACACUAUCCACACAACCCUGCGGGGCACUGCUGUGUCUUUUUCUGCUCUGAAUGUGCCUUGCCAAGUAUGAUUGCUAAUUACAUGACUGGCCACCGUAGGGUGACAUUUUCAAAAGUCUCAACUUUUUGCCACAAGUUACUGCAGUUUUUGUCGAAGCCACAGGGAGCCCUGGAGAGUCGCUAAGAAGCCACAGGUUGCAGACCCCUGGUAUAAGUGAAACCAAAACAUCUGGUGGCUGGCUGCAGUAUAGGUCAUAAAUCCCACCCCCUCUAUGUUAGCCGAUUUGACAUGGGCCAAACUAAAAAAUCAAAGUACUAUCAAAGUCAAAUACAUUUUUUAUACACAAUGGUUUCCGUUAUUUUAGUUAGUAAGUAAGUAAGUAAGUAAGUUUGUUUUGUUAUUUGAUGCUAUAAAAACGGGCUAAGACGUUAUGGUUGACAGCUGUGCUUGACCUGUGAUUGGUUGGGCGGGUGUAUAGGUGGGACAGCUCAGAGGCCCAAUCACUAUCGCGCAGACUCAAGCUCCAAAAUUACCAGAUUGCUGCGCCCAUUUUUGCUUCACUUUUGUACAGUGGGAGGAAAUGGAUAUGCGUUGUCCAUUUUGUCAUUCUUACAUAGUUACAUUCGGCAACAAAACACAGUGUGAAACACCACAGUUAGAGUCAGAUGUUUUUUUGUCUUUGAUAUAUGUAAAAACACUGUACGGCUUUUAGCUCUCACAUCCCCCGCUUUUACAUUCCUACUGAAUGUCAACCAAAUGUAUGUUAUCUUGUUUUAGAGUUUUGAAUGAGUUCUUCUGAUUUAAAUGUCAGUACUGCAAUACGCAACAAUUAACCAACUUACACUCACCUAAAGGAUUAUUAGGAACACCUGUUCAAUUUCUCAUUAAUGCAAUUGUCUAAUCAACCAAUCACAUGGCAGUUGCUUCAAUGCAUUUAGGGGUGUGGUCCUGGUCAAGACAAUCUCCUGAACUCCAAACUGAAUGUCAGAAUGGGAAAGAAAGGGGAUUUAAGCAAUUUGGAGCGUGGCAUGGUUGUUGCUGCCAGACUAGAGGUCAGAGGAGAAUGGGCCAACUGA